AUUUAUUUUGAGGAAUUAUUAAUUCAAACAAUUGGAGAGAUGAAACUGGGACAACUCAGAGCUCCGGCGACAACCCUUCGACGACUUGAGUCAACCAUGAGAUGCGCUCGCCUGCCGCUGCCACCAAAGCCACAUCGACAAUUCCGUCUCUUCAUCAUCGCAAUUCUCAGUUCAUCAGUGCAGUGUAUAGGAUUCAAUUUGAAUGGGAGCAUACUUACGAACAGUCUUACCCUGGUCUUUAUGAGGUCGCGUUCGGAAUGUGAGAUCCUCCUCCGAGAGCGUGGGCGUGGAUAGUGGACUGGUUCAACUGCGUCUACUUGUAUCACUGUGCUCUACGGGGCUCCCUGGGUGCAUUAUUUACAGAGUGCGCAUUCGAGACACACUUGAAAAAGCUGCGAUGCCAGCUCGAGAUCGAAGAAUUGCCUUCGAUUGGAAGAAUCUGGUGGAGAAUCGCCCUGCGUUUUGAGUUCCAAGUCAGAAUUUCUUUCUUGUUGAGUUGGAGCCGACUUGUUUGUGUUGUGAGGGUUAGGGAGUACAUUUGCUUCUCUAGUGAGCCUCUUGGUGAUAAAGACUCUUCUCGACUUGAGAACAAGAGUUUUUUUUUUUUUUUUUUUUUUUUUUUUUUUCCAUUUUUGCGGUGGCGAGUCUAAUCAUCGGCAAGGUCGUUCGAACCUGGUCGAGAGCCUUCCGUUGUUGAUCGAUUUAUCUGCAUUCGGGCGGAGCGCUGGAGGUGUGUCAAAUCGACACGGUAACCUGUUCAACCCCCAAAUUGUACCACCCACUUAAUGACCAUUUGCUUGUAGCUCAGCCCACUGAAAGUCGGCCGGUGUCGAGCAAAUCUGUGACGUAUCUUGAUAUCUUAUUCACGCACCUCUGGUGCAGAUAUUCACACCUCUCGGUUGAAGUGUCUGUAAAUUCGAUUUGAGCGUUGCACGAACGCGAGACCAUUUCAUCUCUUGUAGGUUAAAAGGCAGAUUUUUGGGCCUGUUAUUAGGUAUUACAAACUUUUAGCAGCCAUCAAUGUAUGCCUACACGUUCCGAAGGUGUUGCUCGUGCAACUAUGAAGUAACGUUUCAGCACCAGAGCCGCAGGUGUACACGCUUUUGGAGAGCUACAAGAGUUUUGAUAUCCCUCGCAUAGCCGAGAAGGAUGUCUGAGUUUUUGUUUUAGAAUUCUCUUCCUCUGUACGCGUUAGUGGUUGCUUUUCGAUGUCGUGGCCUUUGACACAUGGCAGAGGCAGCAUCAUCGAACGCCACCGACAUUCAUUGUACCUGAACUGCUCUCAUGGGUCCGAAGCCAGGAGCUCCAUCGCAAUACCUUUCAUUUCAAUUCUCCUUGCACUGCAUCUGAACAUGACCAAUGUUCAGUGCUUUCCGGCAGAGCAGUCUAUAUUCAUCUAGAUCGUGCACUUUUUGAGCCCUGUGUUCUUGCCCCUGAUCACAUUUGUCAGCUGUCUAAGCUCAGCAGUGCUAAUCAGUCUAGGCUUUAUUGCAUCUGAGCAGUUCCUUCUGGAAGGAGAGGGACGACAGCAGAGGCCGUCGAGCCUUCGAGUAGAAGAGACCGCCUAUCUUCUUCACGGCGCUAGAAGGUACAUGCGAGAAGAAUUGGAAUUAGUGCAAUUCGAAAGUUUCAUUGCUGCCCAUCUAUACGUACAAUUUAGGAAAGUGUGCGAAUAUUCUACAUGUAGCACAUUGUACAUGAAUGGUUUUCGGAGAGAUAGCUGGGGCCGCCGAUGGGAGAAAAUAAGAGUAGCAAAUGUAGCAGUAAGCAACGCAUUUUUGAGGGGGACAUUUAUGUCAAUAAUGAACGGACUACUAGGGUAGAGCAUGCUAGAUUGCUCACAGACACUAGUGACUUGAAUGUCAAUAACGGAGAACUUCCUCUUUUCUUUCCCACAUCUCCUAAGAAUUGUCCUGUCGUCACAAAGUCGGCAUCUCAAAUUGCCACAAGUUCACACCUCAGUAGCAAAGUCAGUCAUUGUUGGAGCGAGAUCAACGGAGAUGUGAGUUUCAACGACGAUGAGUCUGCAGGUUGGCCGCUGGGCAGCCAAGGAAUCGCAGCAUCAGCAAGUUGCUUCCGCUUCGAGCUCGACUCAAAAGAUGGCGAGAGGCUGCAGGCUUUGCUGGAGGAGGAUGCACUCAGCUCCAGAGAAACCAACACAGGAAAGAUAGCCGACAGCAGGAGCUUGGCGGAGACUCCAGGUAGAAGCUUUCGAUCAGCACGCAACGGGACUGAGGAACUAAAUAGAGACCGAUACGGGCACCUCAAGCCGCCAAGGCAGCUGGAGAAACUUCACAGCUCAACCAGAUUUGUUGCGUUACUCAAUGCAUUUGCUAACGAGAUACAAGGAUGUGAUGCGCAAUUAAGAGAUAGUCCAAGCAUGUGGCAGGUUGAAGCUCGCAACACCAGUUUGACUGUACCACCUUCACCAGGAAGGAGUGAGAUUCUUCGAAGGUUGAGUGAUUUGAAGGCUCACCCUUUAAGCCCAAGACUUGCGCCAGAAGACGCCGUAAACUACGACAAGGAGAAAGCCAAAACGAGAGAGGACCUUCACCACAGGCAGGGGACAAGACUACCACUGUCGUCAAACGAUUCUAGCAAGAGUAGCUCCACCUCAGUUAGCAAGGAGUACCCGGUUUUAACCCAGUCGCAAUGCAAGCUCAGUGGGAACGCUCUCGGAGGGAUAGAGAUCAUGCCAAAUCUUGGAGAGAAGAGUCGACAGGGGAAUUCUCCAUCUAAACUUCGAGGCAGUCCUCAUAGAUCUGCACAGUCCUCACAAGAGCACCUGACAACUCCAAUAUCCAGGUUAAAAAACAGCUCUAUUCAAGAGCAGAUUGUUAUCAUUUGCAAGCAGCCGCAGACCCUUAAGGCGAGCAAUGUGAGUGACUCGUCACCUGACCACGCUCCAAUUAUGCUAGCUGCAGUUCCUUUCAAGUGGGAGGAAGAGCCUGGUAGACCCAAGACCAUAGCCGCUGUUGCAAAUCUUGCACCAGCUCGCAGGGCGACACGAGAGGGGAUAGAGGUAGGCAAUUUUUCGGAAACUCAGUCGAAAUCCGAUGUAAAACCUUUCGCUGAGGUAGUGGAGAAUAGUAUUACCUGUAAAGGAAUUGAUCAAGCACGAAGCUCAUCGGUACGAAGCUCCCCAGAAACUGGAAAAGGUGACGUGGGACGGACCAGCAGCUAUAGAUAUUAUGGUCAACCGCGAUUAAGAGGCCAUUCAAGAGAUGCAAGUUUAGGACGAUCAAGUAGACGGUACAGUAUUCGUGAAAGGAAUGCCCACAUCGACCUCGAUGGAUCUGCAGCAGCAAAAUUCUUGGUGGAGGCAUUUGAAUCACCUUCGAGCACACCCAGCGUGCAUGGAGGUUCGCCGACAUUUGCUGUGCCUUUCAAAUGGGAGGAUAUUCCAGGGAAACCCAAAGCAGAGACUGUAGCACGAAGUCCUAACAUGCUACAGUUGCCUCCCCGACUUGCUGUCCCAACGUAUCGUAGUGCUGACAGCUUCUCUCGGGAGCUUCGGGUUUCCCACCCGUUCGCUAGUUUCUUCGGGCCGUGCAUGCAAGCCUCUUCGCCAGCACAUCGGAAACAGAGUGACCGUGCAUCGGUGCAGCAUGCGUCCAGUAGAAGCCUUCCUCCAAGGGUUCCCGGUUCACCCGAUCGCCGGAAACGCCAUAGUUUUGUCGGUCGAUGCAGUUCAACGCCUCAAGAAGGAUGCCAAAUCAGAGUAUCGAAAUCUCUCACUUCGACUUAUUGCAAUUCCGAGAAGUCACUGGUUGAAUCACUAUCGACAACCAGUUCACCGGUUCUGAAGCCCAGAAGUCUGUGCAGCUCAGAGAUGAAGAACUCUCCUUCGUGGGUGCAGAAAAAUCACAUCCAUGCACCCUCAUCACCUACCAGCAUUUUGUCUGGUCCAGAUGGGAGUCGUAGCCAAACAUCAGCGUCUAACAUCAAUUUAUCCAGCGGAGACAUAGAAGAUUUUACGCGACGGGUGAACCAUUCUGAACACAUGGCAUCCAUAACGAGCUCCAGUGCAUCAUACGAAUCUAUUCAAGAGGAUUUCCCUGAACUGCCCAGCCCUUUGAACAGCAGGUUUCUGCCUCCUCCAUCCACUGAUUUUCAGCAAUCUGGUGAACCUCAAAUUACAUCAAUCCCUGCUUUAUCUCCGGCUGCAGCGGACAUCUCUGCAAGAGAUUAUUAUGCUCACAGAUCGAAAGGAAAUUCUGACAACGAUCGUUUUUUCGAGCCCUCCAAAACUGGCAAAUCGUUGUCCAAAACUAAAAGCCAGCACCGAUUAGUCACAACACGCAACUCAGAGGCUUCUCUUAUCAACUACUUUCAACGUCUAGAGCUCAGUGAGGCUUUAACAACGACGAAAACAAAGACAUCAUUAUCAGCGUUGGGCGAAGAAACUGGUCUCCUAGACAAGCAUGGAGCUCCAACUUCAAGCGGCUAUCUCAACAGCAAAGGCGAGCCAAUCUCCAGCAACGUUUUACCUACAACGCAGUCGGUAGCAAAGCAGAAAGAGGCCUCGAGUACUCAAACAUCUCCAAAACGUCCGAUCAGGCUCCCUCACACCAUGUACACUGCCACAGAGCAAUUUCUAGCUUCCUGCAGUAGUUCUGUCAGAAGACAACUCAUUCAAGAUCUAAGCCCUCGAAUAUUGCGCCAGUACUCAGGGAGGAGGCGCUCCGCUAGCUACUCUGGUGACUACACCUCUGCGCAUCUAUCUUUUAGAUCUAACCGUGAGGAGGAGGUCUCAAUAUCUCCAGCAUAUGCGGCGUCCUUAGAGCUUUUAUCUCCCGCAGCAAGUCUCAUGGCGCAGCCACGUAAAGGCUUGGGAACUCCAAGGAAUGCCCUCACUAAGGCUCACUCCAAACCACGACGACGCGCCCGAUUCGUGCUGUCGAUCUACAGAACUCUCAGGCGCGUCCUAUGCAGACAACGGUUUCACAAGCCGAUCCAACCUCCCAAACUGACGCUCUCUGAAGGGCGAUCACCUACGCCUUAUCACAUCAAAACGACCUACAUCUAAGCUGAAGCAAUUGCUCGAAUGCGAAGAAGCAUCUCGAAAGAGGCAAUGAAGCGACAUCGUGCACGCAACUCUCGGGCGCGAAUGUUCGCAGAUGAGGUUCUCGCCCGCGUGUUCUUGGGCAAAUCAAUCUUGUGACUACAUUUACAGCUGUCAAACAAGCAUAAAAUGCUUAUAUCCGGCCCUCUUUUUCAGACGAUGGUCGAAAACGCACUGUGAAUCUGAGAAGUGGCUCCGCGGAGAGGUUAGUGGUGGAGUUCAGUUGUGUGCCUCGUACACAGCCGCAGAAAUCCAUGUCUUCUGGGAUACUUGACUAUGUACAUUACCGUAUCAUCAAUCAGACUGCGCUUCGAUCUCCUCGACGUGGUUUCAUACGAUGUAGCAAUUUUGUCCGCUGACCUAGAAAAUCUGUCUAGGAUUCUCAGCGUGUAAGGUUGAGAAUUUUGAUCACCGUUACCGAUGUAGAGAUGAGCCAUAACUCGUCGACAGGGCAAACCUUCUAUGAAAAACAACGCUUCAUAGCUCACAAUGUCUCUCCUAGCCCUUCUGCUGUUGCCGAAUCACUUCUUAUACGCCUA